CCCCUCCCGACGGCGCGCCCGGCCUCCCCCCCGCGCCCAGCCCGCGGGCCGCCCCCCGGAAGCCGCGGAGGGGCCAUGUCCGCCCGGCCCGCGCCCUCUCCCCGCUCGUCGCCCGGCCCCGAAAGGGGCGGCCGCUCCUGACGCCGCCGCCCGCCGGACCUGUCGCCGCGGCCCGGGCGCCCGGCGGCCUGAGAGAAGCAUGGGCUGCGCCCCCAGCGCCCCCGACGGCCGGCCCGUGCUGCCCUCCAGCCUCUGCGGACUCGACCUCGGCGCCGGCGAGGGGCCGGUCCCCGGGCUGCCCCAGGUGUCAGAGAGGGAUGUGCAGUUUGGCCCCAUGAAAUUCCACCUAGAUCAGCUCCAGGUCUUGUUAGUGUUCCCUCGAAAAGACAGCCAGUGCACCAGCUUCUCCAGGGCAUGUGAGAAGGCAGGGUUCGGUUGCACCGUGGCCAAGGAGACCAAGGCCGUGCUGGACUGCUUUCUGAACAAUCACCCCGACAUCGUCAUCAUCGACCACAGGAACCCCCAGCAGCUGGAUGCAGUGGCGCUAUGCAGAAACAGAGAGGGAGAGACAGUACAGCACUGCUCCACCACCCACAAGGCUUGCCCUGGUGCUGUCACAUUCCCAUGCGGCACUGGGGCUCAAAUGGGGCUUCACACAUAUCUGGUCCAUCAGGGCUUCAGAGCCCUCGGGACACACGGUGGUGGUGGCUGUUGUGUGCAGGACCGAGAGAGAAGAGGUGUCGGUCUUGCCCCUCAUUGCCAGCGGCUUCAACAGGAGGUAUGUGGAGAACCCCAGCCUCAUGGCCUGCUACAACGAGCUGCUCCAGCUGGAGUUUGGGGAGGUGCGCUCCCAGCUGAAACUCAGUACGCAAACCCGGCCUUCGAGAAUGUCAUGGGCUACCAGACGGGGGAGCUGCUGGGUGCGGCCAGCCUCGAGAAGAAGGUGGACCUGCUGGCCGCCAUCCAGCCCUGCACCAAGCUCAGCAAAGAGUGGCAAGGGGUCUACUACUCCAAGAAUAAGAAUGGAGACAGCGUGCAGCAGAAUGUGAAGAUCAUCCCUGUCCUGGGGCAGGGCGGGAAGAUAAGGCACUACGUGUCCAUCGUCAGACUCUGCAACAGCAUCAGCAAGACAGACAAGAUGGCCGAGUAUGUGCAGGCUGACGGCCGAGGCCGCAGAGAGUCCGCGGCGGGCAGGCACAGGGACCGCAGGAAAAGCUCGGUAGACCUGAAGGUGCCCUGCUCACGCUCCAGUGAAGUUAGCACCCAGCGGCGGCACUCGUCCCUGGCGAGGAUCCACUCCAUGACCAUCGAGGCACCCAUCACCAAGGUGAUCAACCUCAUCAUUGCGGCCCAGGAGAGCAGCCCGGCAUGGGUGACCGAGGCCCUGGACCAAGUACUCGAGACCCUGCGUGCAGCCGAGCUCUACUCGCCACAGUUUGAAGCCAAGGACGACGACCCCCAUGCCAGCGACCUCGUGGGGGGGCUGGUGUCGGACGGUUUACGGAGAUUAUCCGGCAACGAGUAUGUCCUGGCAGCAAAGAACUUCCACCAGGGCACCACCUCCUCCCUGCACGAUGUCCCCCCGAAGGCUGCAGAGGCCAUGGAGAAUGAGGACUGUUGGGACUUCAACAUCUUUGAGCUGGAGGCUGCCACCACCAAGCGGCCUCUGGUCUUCCUGGGGCUCAAGAUCUUUGCCCGAUUCGGCAUCUGUGAGUUCCUGGGCUGCUCCGAGCCCACGUUGCGAGCCUGGCUGGAGACCAUCGAGGCUCACUACCACCAGUCCAACCCCUACCACAAUUCCACACACGCUGCCGACGUGCUGCACGCCACCGCCUACUUCCUGGGCAAGGAGCGCAUCAAGCAAACUCUAGACCCCUCGGAUGAGGCAGCCGCCCUCAUUGCGGCUGUCGUGCACGACGUGGACCACCCCGGCAGGACCAACUCCUUCCUGUGCAACGCCGACAGCCCGCUGGCCCUGCUCUACAACGACACGGCUGUGCUCGAGAGCCACCACGCCGCGCUGGCCUUCCAGCUGACCGUGGGUGACAUGCGCUGCAACAUCUUCAGGAACAUGCAGAGGAGUGAGUACCGGACGCUGCGCCAGAGCAUCAUCGACAUGGUCCUGGCCACUGAGAUGACCAAGCACUUUGAGCACGUCAACAAGUUCGUCAACAGCAUCACCAAGCCCCUGGCUGCCCUGGAGGAGGACAGCGAGGACACCGAGGGAGGUCAGGAGGCCGUCACCACCAUGCUGCGGGCGCCUGAGAACCGGAUGCUUAUCAAGCGGAUGCUCAUUAAGUGCGCGGACGUGGCCAACCCCUGCCGGCCGCGGGAACAGUGCGUGGAGUGGGCCGCCCGAAUCUCCGAGGAGUACUUCUCCCAGACAGACGAGGAGAAGCAGCAGGACCUGCCGGUGGUGAUGCCCGUAUUCGACAGGAACACCUGCAGCAUCCCCAAGUCCCAGGUCUCCUUCAUCGAUUACUUCAUCAGUGGCAUGUUCGACGCCUGGGACGCUUUCGCCGACCUGCCCGAGGUGAUGCUGCACCUGGACAACAACUUCAAGUACUGGAAGGGCCUGGACGAGCUGAGGCAGCGGGGGCUCCGGCCGCCCCCAGAGGUGGUGCUGUGACCCUGCUGACCGUGGCCUCCGGAAGGGGAGCGACACAGAGACCAGAGGCUGUGAAGCUGAUCACUAAUAUUGAUUAUUCAGUGUUUUAUUUAUUUUUAUUAGAAGUUCGAUAUUUUCUAUGAAUUUUUAAAUGCUGCCAAGCCAAAGCCCAUGACAGCUGCCAUGACCAAAUUUAUGUGAUUCCUGGCCUUCAUAUCUGUGCGGCUCAGCACACAGAAUGUUUCCAUAAUGCAGAUGUUAGAUGCCAUAAGUGACAUUAUCACUGCUCUGCAGAGAUCCGUGUAUACGCGAUGGGUCUGUGCUGUCGGGGUUGGGUCUAGAACACUCAGGAGAAGGGCUGCCAGGCCCCCCUCGCCCCGUGGGGUCCCUCGCAGCCCGAGGGAAAAGGACUCUCAGCCUGCACUUUCCCUAGAUUUUUACAAAUGAAUUCGCAGACAUCUGCCUUGUUUUAUACUGAGUCUCUGGGAGGUGUCCUGAGCAGAAGCAGGCUGCUUGUUUUAUACUGAGUCUCUGGGAGGUGUCCUGAGCAGAAGUGGGCUGCUUCGUGAGCUGCCUCUGGACCUUGGGAUGUAGAAAGGAGCCAGGAUGCUCAGGGCUUUCUGUUUCCAGUGGAAUUGUUUUUUCCAGAUAAAAAUGAAAUUAAAUUCUGUUUCUAAGAA